CUGCUGUUCUCCGCUCAGCUGCUGGCACCGCAAACUCAAGUUGAGAGUUGAAAAAUCUCAGCAGUGUUCUCUCUGCCUCCUACUGUCACCAUAAAUAAUAAAGAUUUUAGGAUCAGACGUUUGCUGACAACUUUACUGUAAGAGAUUCCAGCUCUCUCUGCUGUGUCUAUGUUGGCUCUUCAAGAAUAACAGCAGAAACUUUUUUCUGUAUCCAUAAAGUCAGCAGAUCUACCUUGAAGACAAACAGGGCAUGGAUACGUUGAAUAGAAAGUUCCAGUUGAACAGAAUCAUUGUCCUGAUUAUACUGCCCUGCUGUUUAAAGAAAGGAAUAUGUACUUUAUAGUCCAGGAUUCCGUUCAAGAUUGGGCAGCCCAAGAAACAGAUUGUACCCAAGACGGUGGAGAGAGACUUCGAAAGGGAAUAUGGGAAACUUCAGCAGCUGGAAGAUCAGACCAAGAAACUGCAGAAGGACAUGAAGAAGAGCACAGAUGCAGAUGUGGCCAUGUCAAAAUCAGCUGUGAAAAUCUCUUCGGACCUGUUGUCCAAUCCACUCUGCGAGCAAGACCCCAAUUUCCUGGCGAUGGUAACAGCCCUGGACACUGCCAUGAAGAGAAUGGAUUCUUUCAACCAAGAGAAGGUGUGAACCAAAUCCAAAAGACGGUGAUAGAGCCCUUGAAAAAGUUCAGCAGCGUGUUCCCCAGCCUGAACAUGGCAGUGAAGAGACGUGAGCAGACUCUGCAAGACUACAAGCGGCUGCAGUCCAAGGUGGAAAAAUACGAAGAGAAGGAGAAGACCGGCCCCAUCCUGGCCAAGCUACACCAGGCCCGUGAGGAGCUGAGGCCAGUGAAGGAAGACUUUGAAGCCAAAAACAAGCAGCUUCUGGAAGAGAUGCCCAAGUUCUACAGCAGCCGCAUCGACUACUUCGAGCCCAGCUUUGAAUCAUUGAUCCGUGCUCAGGUUGUGUACUACACUGAAAUGCACAAGAUCUUCGGAGACCUGACAGAGCAGAUUGAUGAGCCAGGCCUCACAGAUGAGCAGAGGGAGAAAGAGAAUGAAGCCAAGCUGAGUGAGCUCCGGGCCCUGUCCAUUGUGGCUGAUGACUGACCGCCCUCAUCACGCACAGGGUGGAGGUGGAAACUGACUGACGACUCUAGGUUUCAAGAGCAAGAAAAGCGGAAACUAUUUCUGGCUACCUCAUGCAAUGGGCCUGGUGGUCUUCAGCCAAGGCCAGAUCAUGGA